AUGGCUGGAAGAUUACGAGAGAUGAGAUGUGAACUGUCAUUUCUGAAAAAUGCAGACGGUUCAGCAUGUUUCUCACAAGGAUCCACGUGUAUUUGGGCGUCGUGUAGCGGUCCUGGAGACGUUCAUGCCUCGAAAGCAAACGAAGAAGCAAUGACGCUGGAUAUUAGUUACAGAGCUAAUUGUGGAGACAAUAAGUUCAGUGUGCUGAACAACAUCAUUCAAUCAACAAUAUCAAAAGCUAUAAAUCUCGAGUUAUUCCCACACACAACGAUUGCCGUCACAAUUCAUGGGAUUCAAGAUGACGGUAGCAUUGGAGCAGUAGCUAUCAAUGGAGCGUGCUUUGCUCUUCUUGACAAUGGAAUGCCAUUCGAAGCGGUUUUCUGUGGGGUUCUUGUAGUCCGAUUGAAAGACGAGCUCAUUAUUGAUCCGACGGCAAAACAAGAAGCUUCUUCUACCGGAAGAGUUUUGUUUGCUGUGUGUAAUGGAGCCGAUGGACAUCCUGAAGUAUGCUCGAUGGAUGCGAUUGGACAAUGGGAUUUCAAUCAAUUGGAAGCUGCGUGGAGUCUAGCACAGCCGUCCGCAACUGCGAUUUUCGAAUUCUACAGAAGCGUUAUGCAAAGAAAACAUUCCAUUGAUGAGCAUUAA